AUGCCGUCAACAUUCAAUCAAGAAAUCUGUUUCUUCGUCAACGGAAGAAAGGUAAAAUAUCUUUAAUAUGGGUUUUACAAAAGCGACUGUGCAGCUUUUCAAAGACACAUUUCCUCAUAACUGCAUCAUUUUCAGUUAAAAUGAAAGUGAACUAAAUAACGCAGUAAUAGGUGGGGUAAUACGGUAGAGACAAAGUGACAAAAGCAAAAAACAACUCGCUGAACUAAUAUUUUAGUAAUCGCGACGCUUAAACUGACAUCGAAUCUUGUAUACUUUUGUUCAGUGGAACAAUGGAACUACAAUCAGGCAGUAAGUUAAGCAUGGUUCUGGAAGCAGAUUGGCUGACUAGAUUGCAUUGUGGCGAUUGCCCAUAACGAACGCUUUUAUUUUUACAGAUAUCCACUAUUGUCAUACGUACUGUAGCACAAGCACUCAGUUAGGGUCGAAUAGAUUUACUAGAUUGUAGAAUUAACUCGAACUUCUCCAUAGUCAUACUCGGCUGCGCCUGCUUAUGCAGUUUUCUAAAGUUAAUUUUUCCAUUCAUUUCCUAAUCCAGCGCCAUACAUGCUUUUGUCCACCGGUAAUGAAAACAUUCGCGUCAGUUUGUAGCUUAAGAAACUUUGCUGAUCAGUAUUUUUAUCAGUAGAAACUUCCUUGUUUUGUUUUUGUUUUUUGUCCUUUUCAAGCUUCGAUUAAGACCAGUAAGUAAAUAUCCAUUGAAGAGCGGUUUCUAAUCAGUAAACUUACUUAGUUUAAAGGUGAUACGACUAAAGUGAGCGGGGGUAUUGCUCCACGAAGUCGCAAAAUCUUACAGAUGUUUGUAAAGUGGGGUCACGUACUUCCUCCCACGAUACAAACGUCUGUGAAAUUUCGCCACUUUGCCGAGCUAUAUGUUAGUUACUUUUAGACAAAUCACUCUAAAAGUUGGCAAAUUUACUGCAUUUAAGGCGUUCUCUCCAGCGGUGUUAAUAACUGGUCCCAGUUUAAAAUAGGAAAAACAAUGGAACGAUCUGCAUAUCCGCAUAAUACAUACCAGAAGCGUUGCGCAGUGGUUAUAUUAAUAACCCGAUCGCCAGUUUUUAACCAGAUAAAACUUGUUCUACCGAUUUUAUGCAUUAUUAAAUUCCACGCGGGCGGCGUUAACAAAAACACAAACAAGAAAUAUCUUUCCCGUUAACUUUUUUGCAGGUACUUUGGUUAUUAGUUGUGCAAAGCCUUUACGCCAAAUUUUAUUAUUCACUUGAUCGAACUGUUAUUAGGCCAAUUGGUCAUGACAGCUGAUUCCUAACCGUUUGCCGCCCUCCCCUCCCCACCCUCCACCCUAAAUGACCCGACUAUCUUGUACCAUCAAAAACUGCCGGGGGCGGGGGGAAGGAAAAUACUCCCUUUUUCAAACCAUAUUGGUAUGCCGCCGCCCCAAAGGGUAUCGUUUUUGUGCCGUUUCGGUUUGAAAACGGGUAUAGUCAGAGUUUGCAGAUUUUGGUCUGGAAUCAUGUAUGGUUUUCGAGGGAACUGCGGGAUUGUAUGAACGUAUUUGUCGUUUCAGCUUCAAAUGAAUAAGAAAGAAAGAGUAAUAUGCAAACUCCAAAAGGAUUUGAAGAAAUCUUUUUGUUGGCGUUUUAAUCUAAGUAAUGAUGACAUAAUUUUUACCUAUGUAAACAUGUAUGUUGCGUGUUUUGACCUCCUCCAGGUUUGAAAACGGGUUGGGAUUUUUGAGGCCAGCUCUGAAAACGGGUUUGGAAAAUAACAUUUUUUGCUGUGAAGUAGGGUCAUGAUUUGGAGAACAGGGCGGCACACCCUUCCCAAGAAUUCUUAGGAGCUACCCCCGGGUAUCAACUAUUACGCACUUUUAAACACGCUCAAAUUUUUCAUAAUAAUCGAUGACACUUCUUCCCGUUUGGUAUUCUUGAGAUACUCGCUAACAGUUUUUUGGUAAUGCUCCAUAGGAAACAGGCUGAAAAUCUUUUUGCGAAGCGUGACAUAUUUUAAACGUUGUAACCCUAACUUCCGGUUAAACUCAACUUUAAGCAGCUUGAGGUAAAGGUAAAGUUCACGUCUUUAAAAUGGCGUUUUGAGUUCGGCAAAGGGAAACUGUCCCUCCAAAAUUUUCAAUUUCUCUUGGGACUUACAAUCGCCCCAAGAAAAAUUGAAAAGAAAGCUCAUGCAAAAUUGUUAGGGGACGAGAAAGAAAAACCUGAAAAAAGGCCUGUUGCGUACUUACAUACUUUGAUACUUUUCGAAAUAUCUUAAUGGAUUUUUAUGGCUCUCACUCGCUUUUCGCUUGAAUGCUUUCUUUUAUUAUUAUUAUUAUUUUUUACGGUUUUUGUUUUUUUAGAUUUAUCUAUCCCUUUAUCGCUUUACUUUCUAUUUUUUGGCACUUUGAAAUGUUAAGAAAAAAGCUAAUUUUAAAACGUUCAGUAUUUACACUAAAAAGCACUAGCCCGGCUACGCCUCUCUGUAACCAGUUUUUCUGCCCUUUGGGAUAUCGUCCAAAGUUUUGGUAUAUGCGUCUCUCACUCUGUGCCUCCAAAAUUGCCUUUUGUUCUUAAUCCUUUAACCGGCAAAUUUACUGACAGGAAUUUUAUUUCUGGGAUUAUGCUCGUAUUUUGACUCCAACUUCUGUGUUUCAAUUCCUAACCCCCAUAACCUAUGUAGCAAAAUGUUCAGCACAAAACAGCCUAUCAAGUGAUAUACUCUAGCCUGUAAAUAGGUAUGUUUUAAUCCAAUUUCUUUUGUGAUUUUUUUCAAUUUCAACUUGAAAGUGACUACUGACGAAAAAUUGUUGCUUUCUUCGUAGCUACUAGCCAUUACAAUGCAACAAACAGUCUCAAUGCCACUAAUAACCAUACUGCUUCGCAUUCCCAGCUUUUUUGUGCUUGUAAACCUUUUUUGGACACUAAGAAAGUCUCAUUUCUACAGCUGAUUGAAAAAGAUGAAACAUUCAAGGGACUUUGUCUUGACUAAAUCGCUCAAAGUGGCAGAAACGAACGCUAAACGCCACUCGAUAGAAAUAACUCUAUUUAGACUUCAUAUAAAACACAAUGAAUACGGAUACCAUGGAUACAUGAUCCGAAGCGUUUCUUUACUACGGAUCUGAAAAAUCACAGGCCGCCCAGACGUAGUAUGUGUCAAAUGAAUAUAUUAAUAUUCACAUGGACAAAAUAGCAUAGGAUGAGUCGUCGAAACUCCAAUGAACUAAAAUAGUUCAAAAGUCAAAGUAUAACAAAACAAAGCUAAGAUACCUUUAACUGAACGUAUCCUUGUCUUUCCUGGCCGGUUAAAGUCGCAUUUUGUUGAGUUUUGCAAUUGUAGGUACUAUCCACUAAAGAAGAAUUAAAGGCUGGCUACAAAACAAACGGACCAUCUCCACGCGCCUUCACGCGAAGCGCUAUAAAUUCGAGAAUAAUCGACGAAUCCGCCCCAAAUUGCCAUCGGCUAAUAUGUAGGUAACGUGUGCUCCUGCUUCUUGCUCGCUGGCUCCACAAAACCCAUCGCAACUGCACAAUAAUCGCUCGCUCAUCAAAAACACUAUUGCCCUGUACGCUUCGAUAUGACCGCAAACUACCAGGUUUAAUACGCGACGUGAAUAUUCAAGCUUAGCGACCGCGUCUGCGCGACAAUGCAGUACUUGCUAUGGGAGGGAUGGUACUGUUGCUUCUAGGUCAGCUGUUUGUCAACACUGCUCAUCUCGAAGGCAAUUUUUGACCCCGAGGCAUGGAUUAAACGAUCGAUUUUGUCCGCUUUGUCCGGGUAAAAUUGGUAAAAACGCAAUACAAACAGGACCUGCACUUUUUUAGUUCACAGGGACAAACUUCGCCGGCGCGUCUUGCAAGACUUUAAUUUUCCAAUACAUAACUUGCAACUCAACAUAUUAUGUUGUUGCAAGAUUUGUCUUCAUUUGGCCCGUCAGAAGCAGUAUCCUUGAGCUAAUCGUCCAGAAUACAAUGAAAUGAUCAGCAAACUUACGAUAUUGUCAGCAGCCGUCUUCUUUUUUCCUCCGGGAUACUGGGAUAUUGUGGGUCGUCUCUAUGGGAAUGAAUGAAUAAUAAUCAUUUUUUGGAUAUAUUGUUUCUUUUCUUAACGAAAAAUCCUACUGAUCUUGGAUUUUAGUAAAGAAACGCACCCUUAAUUUGCAUUAUGCAACAACAGAUGUCUGCGCAAAUAAUUUUUUUUACCUCCGCUAGACUCGCUUUGAUUUCCGAAACUGCCAUUUUCUUGUGUUUGUUGUUGUGUUCUGAAGUUUUGCUUGUUUUUGUUUUCAUUGCUUUUCACGAAAACAAAUUGUUGAGACGAAUUACUAUGUCUUUCAUAAAUGUGGCUUUCAGCCUUUGGGUAUGGUAGUUAUAAAAUUUUGACCAUAAUUAUGCGCGGAUCUACACCGGUUCCACCGUUUUACGAAAAUCGGUCAGAUUUUUCAUGAUUAAAUAUAUUUUUCAUGAAAAACACUUUCCAAGUUAAAAUCUUGUCAAUACCCUGACUGAAUGACUCAGAAACCCAGGAAAGGUGACUUUAGGUAGCAAAAAUCCAAAAAAAUUCGCUAGGGUGCAUGCCCUCGCACCCCUCUAGAAGCUGGCGCCUUCGGCGCUCGUUUAAAAAAUCGGUUAGUAUUUACCCUAGAUCCACGCCUGAUAAUGUAUCACCUAUUAUAACUAGGGGUACCUUCCGGCAGGUGCCAACGAGGCGAAUUCGUUCAUCUUUUGUGGAAUGUGCCUAUCCAGAUCUUCGCGAUUUGUUGCAUAAUUUUAGAGGUUUACAAUGGAUUUCGCUAUAGAAAAGAAUGGCACUCAACUUUAGAAAAAAAACUUGGGUACAUUCUAGGCUUUCACCUCUAUAAAAAAAAUAACAACAUGGCUUGAAGCUUUGUUGUCUUUGUCGGUAAAUUGGUGCAAGUUAGCACUCAUAUUUUAUGGAAAUUCAAAACUAUAAACGUUAGAAAGUAGAAUAUAGUUCAAGUGAUGCCUUUGACUGUUAAAAUUUAGACCACGAGUAGUCCCCCAUUUUUCCUCAGGGAUAGUAGACCGUGCGAAACGCGAGCGCGCGUGAAAAUCACUCCACGCGAGAAAAGGCGACACGCGGCGGGGAGAGAGAUUUUCCUCUUUCCCUGCCGCGUGUCGCCUUUUCUCGCGUGGGGUGAUUUUCACGCGCGCUCGCGUUUCGCUCGCUCUACUAUCCCUAAGGAAAAAUGGGGGACUACUCGUAGUCUAGUUAAAAUUAAAAAUUAAAAUUAAAUUCCGCUCUUUCGUCAAUCAAAGGCAUCAUCGGGGAAAAGAAAAAUAUUCCGCAUUGUACUAUACAUAUGAAAAAGUUGUUGUAAGCAAAAUGUGUGAAAAGCGCAAGAAUGGGGCGGAAUGUAUCCGGAGGUAUAGAAAAAAAGCUUGAAUAAAAUACAAAGAUCUAAUGAGUGAGUGGCACAGGACAAAACCAAGAGUCUCUCGAAAGGAAAAAUGAUUCAAAGUGAUGGUCUUUAAUACAAAAGGUCCGCAAAUUCGUGGCAUUGCUCAUGGUAGUUUAGGGCUGUCUUCAACGUAAAUCGAGCUGCAAAAGGACACGCUGGUUGACAAAAAUCUCUCCAGGGGCAAAAAUAACUUCUAAAAAACAAAAGGUCCUCAAAUGCGUUGCAUUCCUCACGGGAGGCGAGGACCGGCUCAAUGUAAAUCGAACUGCGAAGAUCACGCUGGUUCUGAUAUUAAACUUUUCGAGAAUACAUCCCUAUUCCUUGAUUAACUAUCGCAUAGAAUUCAUAUUAACAAAGGAAAAGGUAAUACUGAAAACCCUGGUUCUGAAUCGAGAAGCGAACACGCUACCUCAAUAAAGUAAAUCGAGCUGCGAAGAACAAGCUGGUUGUGACAAAAAUUGGAGCGUUUACAAAAGCCUAAUAAAUUCCUAUAGCUGCUGCUUUAAACACAAUUUAUAAAGCAAAUCAGAGUACUAAUAGCCCUUUCAAACUAGAAAUCGUAUUAGAGCUUGCUCACCAGUUAGGGCCUCUUGAACAGAAAACGAACAGCUGCAAACGGGAUCACCCAAUUUCGAGCCACGAAUUGUAAAUACAAGAUCAUGACGUCACUGCCCAAAUAUGGGGUCUUACUUAAACCAAAAUAUGGUCAAAAAUGCAAAUUUUAGAGGUUUACGCAGAAUUUGAGAGUUUUUCCCCACAUUGCGCGGGAUUAUGAAACUGUCGCCGACGCAACGUCGCUUCUUAGCUCGGUUGCCUCGUUGGCAAAUAGUAAUAGUUGACACUAAAGCUGCCCCCCCUCUCUAUGUUGUCGGUCAAUCGUAUUCUUGAUCUUUGUGUAGUUCUUUGAAAUAUACCGAUUCAUAUUGAAGAUUUCCACACAUAUUCCAUGCAAUAGGUGAGAUAAAAACGGGAAACGCAAGAUUUUGUGAACUGAUUCAGGUCGAUUUACCCAGCUUUCAUCAAAACACCCAGCCAGUUUCGAGAAUAUUUUGGUUUAUUUUAUUCUAAACUACGGGAAAAGAUUUGAUUAGAAGUGGUAAUUUUCCAUAUUUGUCUUGCACUUUUUACAUACAGUUCAUUCCAUUAGCCGGAAAUUAAGCCUUAGAAAGAAGCUUUGAUCAAUUCACGCUCGCGCGUUCUUAGUCAUUUUUUUUAACUAUGGAGACAAUACUUCAAAAAAGACUUAUAGAAGGACAUCUGUAACCAGGAAAUCAUUGUGAAUACGUUAGUACAGAAUUUAAUUGUCGGCGAAUUUCGUUAAUCGUCCAUCGUUCUGCUAGUCAUAAGCUAGGCGUUGAUGCACUCGUUUGCAUAGGGAGUCUUAUUCCUCCAAAGAGAUUUGUGUCUGGCAAAUCGUUUCCAGUCAAAGAUUUGUAAAUGAUGAAGUCGUGUCUGGCAAACUCUCCAAGUGUUUUUAUACAUGUAUUACACAGUUACACGCCUCUUUUAACUUUAUCAGCGCUCAACGAGUGUCUUUUGGUCCAUAAAUUUCAAAACAGCUGCUUCAGAGAAUGUCACUGAACUCACAACGCAAAAAAUUAUCGGAACAAAAGAAAGCGUUUACAUAAGAAAAGAGUUCAAAUCCCACAGGAUAGUUUUGGAACACCAACAUGGCCGCCGUUUUACUGUUUUGGAACACCAAUAUGGCCGCCGUGACGUCAUGUGAAAACGCUCCAUAAGUGUCACAAAAUCCUAAGCGGUUGCUUCGGGCAAUUUUCUGUUUUACGUCAUGCUAACCAUUUCAUACUAUGCGGGCGUGAGCAAUAGAAGCGUCAUCAUUACCCAACGAUUCCAUGCGGCCCCUGAUCAAGCAAAUCGAGAUUUUUCACGGUAUACUGACUGCAUAUUUCAACUGUAAGUACUUUGAUAAUGCAAUGCGUACAUUUCGAAUUCGCAUCUUACACUUUCGUUCUUUUUUAACUGGAAUUGAAACGACGAAUACAUUCAUACACUACCGUAGGUCCCUCGUAAGUCUUACUCAAUUCCAGACCAAAAUGGGCAAAGUCUAUACCGGUUUUCAGACCAAAACGGCGCAAAAAUCUUACCCUUUGGGGCGGCACACACCUAUAUGGCUUGCAUAAAGGGGUAUUCCCCCUCCCCAGGGCCUUCACACUUAAGCUGAAAAGAGGGUCACUGUUUGACAGCUUAUCAAGUUAAACGGUGGCUUGUCACGCCCUCAGACCACAGGACAUAAUCAGUCUAGACCGAGAGUAUUUGUGAAUUUGUUUUUAUUUCUAGGUCACAGAACGACAUCCAAAGCCCGAAAUGACUCUUCUCGAAUAUGUUCGAAAUCAUUGUAUCCUUUGAUGCAAGAACGCGGCGUGGAAACUGGUUUUCCCUUUCAAUCAAAAAUAGCUAAAAAAUAAGAUCCAAGAAAAAAGGAUUUAAUUUUAUGAGAUACAGAAAAACAAAUAAUACUACUGGAGAGGAAAGCUGUGAAUUCAUAGGAAUGUUUACACCGAAUGAUUUUUUCUGCAGAAAAUCUGUAAAUUUUAGCACUGCAGUCUAAAAGGCCCUAAAAAAGCCGAAUUGAGUACUGUGCCAAAAAGAGUACGAGGCAUAAAUUAUGACAAAUUAUGAAAUACGAGAAUCGACACGGUGACAACAUGCAUGAAACGAUGAAGGCCUAACCUACUGAGAUGAGUUGAAAAUAUACGAUUGUAGGAAUUAAACGGCAGCUUUUUAAAGCCAAAGUACAAUCUAUUCAUUUCUUCAUUUAUUUGUUCCAGUAAAAUAUAUUUCUCGUCUAUAAAUCUGGUUUCAACAAACAUUCAGAUAUACCAGUUUUCAGCCAAUUUGAUCACAGUUACUCUGAAAUCCUUUGUUGCCUUACAAAGAACAUCUGUUAGGGUUAACACUCGUCGUAUGAAACUGCUUGUUUACUGGACGCAUUUUUAGUAGGCCCAUGUGAACGACUCCUUUCCUAUGUUUAAUAUGGCGGCGGUGAGUGACUGGGCCCAGAGGAUUUUGUAUUUUUUUUCCUUGCGGACCAAACUGAGCCGCGAGAUAAUUUGAUCAAACCUUAACAGUGAGAUACGUAGUGGGCUUGACAGGAACCAAACUUGGAUGCAGUGAAGGUGGAUGUGGGGCUUGUACUGUCAUGAUCUCAAGAUAUGAUCAUGCAAAACAAAAGAUA